AUGACGGAAGCUACUUCAUCGCUACUGCCCUAUCUGACCAUACACAUGCAAUCGAUCGGCUUGACAGUCGAAGAGAUUGCCAUUAUUUAUCUGGCGUUACCAUUUACCACAUUUCUGAGUCCACCAAUUACAGGUUUUCUUGUCGACAAAUUUGGCAAAUAUAAACCGGUCGUCAUUAUGAGUCUGCUGUUGAAUGCGCUUUUCCAUCAUUCGCUUUUGUUCAUACCACAACAAGAAAUUCCCGGUAUUGUACCCUCAGCGUUCGUUAUGCGCCAUCCGGAUACAGGUGAUAUAGAGGUGAGUUAGCAUGCAUUUAACCAG